CAAGAAGGCUCACUUUGUGCUCAGCAUUGCCUGAAUAAUCUAUUGCAAGGGGAGUAUUUUAGCCCCGUGGAGUUGUCCUCAAUUGCACACCAGCUCGAUGAAGAAGAAAGGAUGAGAAUGGCAGAAGGAGGAGUUACUAGUGAAGACUAUCGCACAUUUUUACAGCAGCCUUCUGGAAAUAUGGACGACAGUGGCUUUUUCUCUAUUCAAGUCAUAAGCAAUGCCUUGAAAGUGUGGGGUCUAGAACUAAUCCUGUUCAACAGUCCAGAGUACCAGAGACUCAGGAUUGACCCUAUAAAUGAAAGAUCCUUUAUAUGCAAUUAUAAAGAACACUGGUUUACAGUUAGAAAAUUAGGAAAACAGUGGUUUAACUUGAAUUCUCUGCUGACGGGUCCAGAACUAAUAUCAGAUACAUACCUCGCACUCUUCUUAGCUCAAUUACAGCAAGAAGGUUAUUCUAUAUUUGUUGUUAAGGGUGAUUUGCCGGACUGUGAAGCUGACCAACUUUUGCAGAUGAUCAAGGUCCAGCAGAUGCAUCGACCAAAACUUAUUGGAGAAGAAUUGGCACAACUGAAAGAACAGAGUGUUCUCAAAGCAGAUCUGGAGCGAGUCCUAGAGGCAGCUGAUGGGGCGGGAAUGUUGGAUGAAGAUGAGGAUGAUUUACAGAGGGCUCUAGCAAUAAGUCGUCAGGAAAUUGACAUGGAGGAUGAAGAAGCUGAUCUCCGCAGGGCCAUUCAGCUUAGUAUGCAAGGUAGUUCCAGAAGUAUGUCUCAAGAUAGUCCCCAGACAUCCAGUACCAGUCUUACUUCAGAAGAGCUGCGGAAGAGGAGAGAAGCCUACUUUGAAAAGCAGCAGCAGCAGGAGUUAGACCCACCUAGACAGCUUCCAUAUGCUUGUGAAAGACCGACCCCAAGUUCAGGGGGACUGGGAAACAGCCAAGCAGGUGAUGCCUCGAGAGAAGAAGACAUGCUUCGGGCAGCUGUAAACAUGUCUUUAGAAACUGCUAAAGAUAAUUUGAAAGCAGAAAGAAAAAAAUAAUACCUUUAAAAAUCAUUUUGCUACUCAUACUUUCUAACAUUGUCUGUGUGAUUACAGUGUAAGGUCCACUUUGGCAGUGUGUUCACUGGAAGAGAUAAGAUAAGACACUUGGGUGGUUUAUAAGCAAAUGUUCAGAAAGCCAGAAACGUGUCAUAGGACUAACUCAUGAUCCUGAUAUUAGCCAAAGAGGCAGUCAGCAACUAAAGAAACUUAAGGUGGUUUUCUAAAGGUCCCUUUUUGUUUUUCAUGUGUGCAAUAUCUAACUGAAAUUAGGAGUUUUUCUUGGCUCUUUGUGGACCAACUAAUUAGCUCUUGCCAUUGAACUUGAUCUUGUAUUUUUGUUUUCAUUUUUCUCUCCAUUGGAGGUAGUUUGGUUCACUUGAGCUUGUUUCAUAUUAGACCAACCUUUUAUGGAAAUGUCUGUCUCCUUACAGAAAGCUAACCCUGCCUUCUCCGUGUGUGUGUGUGUGUGUGUGUGUGUGUGUGUGUGUGUGUGUGUGUGUGUGUGUGUAGGGUACAUGGGUGCUUCCUUGGGGUAUUUUCUCUUGGGGAACCAGCUCUAACAUGGUAAUCUGUUCUGAGGUUUGACUUUUUAAGCCCUCUCUAGUGGGAUCAUUAUUUCUUAACUUUGGUGCAUUCCUAUACUCUACAGUCAGCGCUGCCUGAGUAUCUGAGUCUAAAUGAGCUGGUUUAGUGUGAGCAUGAGCUUCUAGGCGCUUUGUGAAGGUUCUUGAUGUUCCCUGGCUAACACCUCUAAUCCUUUCAUUCCAUAUUCCUUGAAUACACACUUCCUUCUUCCUUAGCAUGCAUCCACCAUGAGUGUACUUAAGGAGAAGCUUGGCCUUCAGUGUUGCUGCCGGCUUUGUUUUAGCUUUUUUUUUUGUGACAGGAGCUUUGUGUUCCAUUUACAGUAAGUCCGGGAAUAUAUGCCUGCUUCACUAUUUUUUUUCUUUAAAUAGAAUAUAGCCUGUUAGGAUGGUAGUGUAGAAUGUGAAAGUAAUUUACUAAUGAAAAUACAUAAAUAUACUGUGGGUUGACCCUUGCAAUCAUGUUUAAAUUGCUUAAGAAUUACAGAAGUCACAGUAGCUCCAUCUGUCAUAGAAGGCUCUUGUCUGUAUAUAUGAAAGUCCUUAGUUUUGAUAGACAUUCUUUAAUUGGAAUGCACAGUCUCUCUGGGUCAAUACUUUGGUAUGAUUUGGGUGAAAAUUAACUGUGUCUCAUGGGUGUCAUAGAUCCCGAUAUCUGCUCUCCCUCCCUCCCUCUCUGUCCCCUUUUGAAUGUUGACUUGUACAUAGGUAAAUUCCAAGAAGAAAUUUUAGCCAAUAGCUUAGGAAGGUGAAGAAUGGUAUAUUGCUCUACUGGUGUGUGUUCUGCACACGUUUUUAUCAGGGAAAGUGUUUUGAUGUAGGAUUUAUUGCUGUCUAACUGCAAAAAAUGCAAAUAUUUUUAUUUAAGAUUAUGGAUAGGACAGAUGGUUUUGCUUUGGUUGGCUACACUAGGAGUUGAACCCAGGGCCUCCCUCCUGUGUGCUAGGCAGGCAUUCUACCUCUGAGCUAUAUCCCCAAUAACAAAAGGGGGAUUUUUUUUUCUUAGCCACUUUGUGCCAAUUAAAGUUUUUUUUGGAGUUUGCUCUAUGGAAAAAUUAGUCUUAUUUUAAAAUCUAUGAAGUUUUCUUGUAGCAAUUGCAGAGAUUCAGAAGAAUUGUGCAACUUUAGGGUGCUGGAGUUAGGACCUUUACGAUUCACAGUUAAGUGUUAGACUGAAGUACGUAACUACCCCAGUGUGCCAGUCACAUUGGACGUUGGCCCUUUUCUUUUCUUGUUGAAAAAUCACAUUAAAUGUCCCUACAGUUAGAUUGAUUAGCUACCUGAUAGAAAAAGAGAAAGCCAAUAUGCAUUUGUUUUAACUUAGAAUUUAUAAAACAUUCAUAUAACACAUCCUAGUUAAAUCACUUAUGAAAUAAGGCAUGUUGAUCUUUUAAUAGAGACAUUUUAAUGAGAAACUGAGCAUACAUUGAGUAUCAGAGUAUAUUUUUUUAGUUUGUUAUGAAUUGUAUUUGGCAAGGCAAUUCCAAAAAUCACUGUUGAACUGCCAGCUCUUUUGGAUUGGCCCGGGGUUACCUGAACAUUUAGAUUUCAUUAUUAAUGAGUAGCCAGUAUAGAAAGACGCCAAUGCUUAUUAUAACCACAAUAUAAAAAAGUGCAAAGGUUCUGUGAAGCUCUAGCUCAUACCCCAAGAGCUGCCAUUUACUGUACAACACUGCAGGACAGUCAGGGGCAAGGGAAUCCACUGGCAUGGUUGUGCUGUGGACUUGACUGACAUUUCCAUUCUGUUUUUUACCAACUGGGGAGCACCUUAAUGUUUAAUAUUUAAACAUCUAGUAUCAUUUUGUUUUUUUUUUCUAAUGUGUAACUUGUACUACCAGAUAAAAUAUGUACAGUUGUAAUGCUAGUGUCAUAAGCAAGUGUAAGAACACUUGGGAAGGCCAGGCAAGGUGCUGCACACCUUUAAUCUCAGUACUUAAUGGGCAGAGUCUGGCAGAUCUCUCUGAGUUCGAGGCCAGUGUGGUCUAUAUAGUGAGUUCCAAACCUGCAAGAGCUGCACAGUGAGACCUUGUCUUAAAGAAAGAAAAAGAAACUUUAGAAAGACCAUUGCCCUUUGGCCUAAACCCCAAAUCUAUAAAAACAAAACAAGUAAACAAAAAACAAGACAGCAAUAUGCAGAUAUUUCACUGCUAUGAAUUGUUUGAUGCAGUAGUGUAGGUAAAUUCUGCACUAAACUUUUAAUACCUUGGCCACAUCAUUUACAAUUCAUAGGCGGUAUUUAAGGUGGUGCUUCCCCCACACACACCCUGCAGACUUGAUUUUUCUUGAUGAAACCAAAGUUAAUGAGAAAGAAUGCUCAAAUUGAGUAGUCUGCAUUGUUUUAUUUAAUAUCAAGUUGAUUAAAAUAAGUUGUAUUCAUGUCAGAGUGUAAACCAUACAUUUUGAGCACCUGCAUAUUUGAUACUAUUUUUUAAAUCAUGUCAGUGCCAAGAGUUACUCAAUUCUUAGAACUGGCCCCUGUGACUGCACAAGUCCAAAGUGGGUAGUGCAGAUCCAAACUGUGCUAUCUGAAAGUCUUAAGUUUUAAAUCCAGUUGUUAAUACUGAGACCUUUGAUUCCAGCCUUAAAUUCGGCAUCGAUGAUGUGCUCAACAGUAGAGCAGUUGCCUAGUGGCCCAGGCCUUGCAUUCAGUCCUCACUACUGCAAAAUUCACAUGGAAUCUACAUUUCGAGGGGCCUUAAGGAGUACUUUCAAAUGAAGUGUUUGCUGUACUUUAGUCCUGCCAAGUGUAGAACUAUGAUGUAUGUAAACUUAAAAAAAAAAUGGAUUAACUAGUCAGUAGUAAUAUUUAAAACAAAAACUCUCUCUAGUCCUGAUUUGUUUUUAUUAAGCUAAAGAAACAAAUUGGUUUUGUAUUUUUUCCAAAGUGUUACACAUAAUAAAAAGUUUAAGACUGCAGUCAUAGACGAGGUACCAGUGGGAAGUACUUCCCACUGCGUGGGAAAUGCAGUUAUUUAGAAAUAUUUGUGUCCUGCAUAGUUGGAAGGUGGUAUGUUUUCUGGAAUUUUUUUUUAAUGAUUUUUUUUUUUUUUUAGAGAAAGUCAGACAUUUGAAAUGUGAUUAUCUAAUUUCUACAACACUGGACUAAAUAGGAAUAACUUUUUUUAAAAAUGACUCUUCUGUAUAAAUAAAAUAUUUGAAACUUAAGUGCAAAAGCCGUGAAAUAAAAAAAGCAUUGUCUUCUGGCCAAUAUGAUGCACAGUGGCAGUGCAGUUCGCUCAGGACCCAACUCUGCAGCCCUUCCUCAUGUGCCCGGUCUCCUAGAGUUUGGGCUGCCACUCCACAGGUCUUCCGUCUGUCUGUUCCUUCGAAAGCUUGGCUUCCAAAGCACUGUUGAACACUGAGGGUUCUGUUGGUGUGGAUGUUAAUGAGUUGUAUUUUAAAUAUCAGAGAUUAUUAAAUAAAGAGAAUGAUUGCUUUUCUAUUAA